AUGUUCGCUACCGCUUUCACCACCAUCCUCGCUGCUUCGGCCAGCUUGGUCUCCGCCGCUUCCAUCCCGAUCCGCGACUCUGGCAAGGCCGGUACCGCGGGCAUGACCCCCCACGACGCCUUCUCCUCCUCCAUCGGCGUUCUUGGCUGCAAGAUCAACACCAACCGCGUCGCCUACUGGCCCAACUCCGUCGGCUGCGACGACAUCUGCGUCAAGGUCACCAACGGCGAGCGCUACGUCCACCUGCUCCGCAUCGACCAGUCCGGCGGUGCCUACGACAUCUCCUACGACGCCUGGAACUACCUCAGCACCGGCAAGGGCGCCGCUGAGGCUCCCAGCCAGGGUGGUCCCAUCUCCAUGGAGUGGGAGGCCGUACCCGCCAGCGAGUGCGGUUUCCUCCUCAAGGACAACGGCAAAUUCCCUCUCUCUGCCGCCAACAGCAUGAACUACCUUGCUUCCUGCCUGGCCCAGCCCAACAGCUUCGUCGCCAAGAACUACGCUCUCUACAACAUUCAGAACUCUGCCUGCACCUGGGGCGUUGACGAGCUCUGCAACCUCGACCUCGCUGUCAGCAACCAGGCUUCCUGCCCCAGCGGUCUCGGCGUCACGACCGCUCUCAAGGACCAGCCUGUUACCAACAUCGCUUACGGCACCGGCGUCGCCGCCGUCGCUGUCCAGUAA